GCUGCUGGUCAAAUGCCACAAACUCAACAACAGUCUUAUACGCCGGCUGCUCUUGGUCUACAAUAUAAUCAGUACGGCGGAUUAUCAAGUAAUAUGGCUCUUGGUACUCCCGGUGGAAUUGCUCCAUCAUAUAUGCCCACUGCUAACAGUUAUCCUCAAUAUAAUCAACAACAUUUGGCUCAACAAUAUGCUCAAAAUAAUUACAUGCAAUCAGCCUAUUGGAACCAAACAGCCGGAGGAAACAACGCUGCAAGUGGCAAGGUGCAGUAUCCUACUCAAUCAUCUGAAAAGAAAUAA